AUGCGUGGGCAGUGUGGUUCAAAAUCUAUUUUCGGUAAACAGUUAAAUUGUCCUUACAACGAACCUGCAGUCGAGCCUGAUGAAGACCUAAGGUCAAAACUUGUCGAAGUUUGUGGAACCAAAUUCGAGAACUCGAAAAUAUGUUGUGAUGCAAGUCAACUUGAAGACCUGGAUGCCAAUAUCAAACAAGUCGAGACGUUAGUUAGUUCAUGCCCCGCUUGCUGGAAGAAUUUUCUUUAUUUUUUCUGCACCUUUACAUGCUCGCCCGAUCAAUCAACGUUUGUAAAUGUAACAUCCAUCGGCGUCUCCGGAGAAAACAAGAGCAUCGUUACAAGCGUGGAUUUCUUUGUUGGCGAAGAUCAGGGGAGGGGUUUCUAUGAUUCUUGCAAAGACGUUAAAUUUACAGCAACUAAUGGCUAUGUGAUGGAUUUUCUCGGCGGUGGUGCCAAAAACUAUCAUGACAUGUUGGUCUACCUGGGAACCGAGAGAUCAAUGGGUUCACCUUUUCAGAUUAAUUUUCCGCUCGUCGAUCCCUCUGAUACCAUGACCCUUUACAAUGAUCUGGCAAAACGGUGCAACGACACGGACGUCAGUUAUCGGUGCUCAUGCGUGGAUUGCGAAUCCGUGUGCCCCGUUCUCGAUCCAACCCCGGAUGAAUAUCCGUCGUGCCACGUGGGCCCACUGGAUUGUUGGUCUUUUGGAAUAUUCACAAUCUUUGGCAUCCUCUUCAUCAUGAUCGUGGUCGUCGGAUCAUGGUACAAGAAGUCGCAGAAACUAGACAAUUCAGGAUUUGAACGAGUUCCUCUUUCGGAAAUUGAAGCGGAACAAUUGAAUCCGGGAAGCUCAAGACAUUACUUCCUCAAUGCCAUCCUUCAGGAAUACUUUUAUCAACAAGGGUACAUGUGUGCUAAAUAUCCCUGGCAAACCAUAUUUUUGGCUUUCCUUUUCGUGUCCUUGGCGUCCACGGGAUGGUUAUUCUUUGCGGUGGAAACCGAUCCUGUCCGUCUCUGGGUCGCGCCAAAUUCGGAUUCCGCGAUGCAAAAGGAAUUCUUUGACGAAAACUUUGGCCCAUUCUAUAGGACUCAACAGAUCUUUAUCACCAAUCGAAACUCAUCGCAAAGUGUCGUGACCUACGAGAACCUCAAAAGCUUGUUCAUAUUAGAACAGCAAAUUCGAAACCUUGAAUCUUACCCUGAUCACCUGUCCUUAAGAGAUCUAUGUUUCCAUCCGAAUGGUGACGCGUGCAUAGUUCAAUCGGUGGCCGGGUAUUGGCAAUCAGACAUUGAAAAGCUUCGACCCGAUACAUGGCAAGACGAAUUUCUGAGUUGCGCGAGUACCCCGUCGUACUGUUUACCAGAUUUUCAACAGCCGUUGAAACCUGAAAUGAUUCUUGGCGGCUUCGAGGGUCAGGAUUAUCUAUCGACCAAAGCAUUUGUGCUCACUUUUGUUUUGAAUAAUUACGUGAACGAUAAGAAGGUUGGUAUGGCAGAAGAAUGGGAGAAGUCACUAAGAGAAUAUUUAAGUGACGUUAUUGAGGGGAAAAAUGAUGAAGUGAACGUGACGCAACUAAGAAUUAGUUUUUCUACGGAGAGUUCCCUAGAGAUUGAGCUCAACAAAUCUACCAACACAGAUGUCUUGACCAUAAUCGUGUCGUACAUUGUCAUGUUUCUCUACGCAUCACUUGCCUUGGGUAAUAUGGCAACAACGUUUCCGCGCACCGUCAUUGACUCCAAGUUCAUGCUAGGAAUUUGCGGAAUAGCUAUUGUGUUGGCAUCGGUUUCAACCUCUGUAGGGAUAUUCUCGUUCCUAAGAAUAAAGGUCACCCUGAUUAUCGCGGAAGUUAUACCCUUUCUGGUGCUUGCAGUGGGAGUCGAUAACAUAUUUAUCCUUAACCACGAGUUCGAGAGGUUGACACUAAAAUCGCUCGGUAGGGAGUCGGUGGAAGAACGCGUUGCAAAGACCCUCGGGCGCAUGGGACCCAGCAUUCUCUUGAGUGCAUUAAGUGAAACCAUCGCGUUUGGUUUGGGCGGCAUAGUCACCAUGCCUGCUGUAAGGAAUUUCGCCCUUUACGCGGCCCUCGCGGUUUGGGUAGACUUUUCCUUGCAAGUUACGGUAUUCGUAGCAUUCUUGUCUUUGGAUGCCAAAAGGCAAGAAGAGGACAGAUUGGAUUGUUUCCCCUGCGUCAGCAUCGAAGGGGCACCAGGUCGGAUAGAUAGGGAGGGCAGAUUGCAAAAGUGGAUGAGAAAAUAUUACGCUCCGGUAAUAUUAAAUCGCAAAGUCAAGGUUUUCAUAAUUUCGUGCUUUAUUGGACUCUUCAUGGCCGGAUUAAGUUUGGUGACACACGUGGAGUUGGGCGACUCUUACCUUGUGGAUUAUUUCGAUGAUCUAGAUGAUUACUUCCGCGUCGGCCCGCCAGUAUACUUUGUUGCCAGGAACGUGAAUACCUCAGAGAUUCGAGGGCAGCAGGCUCUGUGCGGAAGGUUCAGUACAUGCUCUCAGCUGUCAUUGGCCAACAUACUGGAGCAAGAACGGAAGCGCCCCAAGGUCUCAUAUAUUGCGGAGCCAACUGCAGUGUGGAUAGAUGAUUUCUUAUAUUGGUUAAACCCCUCACUCGACAUGUGCUGUAGGAUAAAGAGAGAUUCGAAUCCAACCGAGUUGUGUGACAUUGAUGAUAACGAUUGCGAUGUAUGUUUCCAGGACCGCGAACCAAAGUGGAACAUAACGAUGGAAGGAUUUCCAGAAGGAGACGAAUUCUCACGAUACCUAAACUUAUGGAUCAAUUCAGCGCCCGAUGAAUUUUGUCCAUUGGCAGGAAAAGCGGCGUAUGGCAAUGCGAUACGUUUUUCGGAAGACAACAAGACUAUUGCAGCCAGUCAUUUCAGGACAUUUCAUACAUCGCUGAAAAGUCAAAGGGAUUACAUAUCAGCAUAUCAUUCAGCACGACGCAUCAGCGACCUGAUUCAAGAAAAAAAUCCUGGAGUAGAAGUGUUCCCGUACUCAGUAUUUUAUAUAUUUUUUGACCAAUACGAGCACAUCAUUCGACUGGCCGCAGAAAUACUUCUGCUUGCAUUCGCGUCCAUUUGGACAGUCACCGCAUUUCUCUUGGGAAGUGUGUGGACAGGAUUCAUUGUAGUGUGUCAUGUUGUAAUGAUAGUCGUAGAUGUGCUGGGCGUUAUGGCGUUAUGGAAUGUUUCCCUCAACGCAGUAAGUCUGGUGAAUCUUGUGAUAUGUGUAGGCAUAGGAGUAGAAUUUUGUGUGCACAUAGUAAGGGCAUUUAUAGUCGGCGGAGAAGGGGUAGAUAGGGAAGAGAGAGCGUAUAGAGCAAUAGUCGAUGUUGGUAGUUCGGUGUUCGCCGGAAUUACGAUGACAAAGUUUUUUGGCAUACUGGUUUUGGCGUUUACACGGAGUAAGAUAUUCGAAGUAUAUUAUUUCAGAAUGUAUGUGGCCAUAGUGGUGGUCGGAGCCUUACAUGGGCUUGUGUUGCUGCCGGUGGUGUUGAGUUUGAUUGGAGGCAAGGGAAUGGGAAGCGGGGAAGAUUUUAAUGAUAUAUUUGAUGACGAAGAAAUGUUUGGCGGGAGGCCAAUUAGAAGGUCAGACAACAGGAUGCUGAUUGAUGAUGGUGGAAUUGAAAGCGGGGAAAGUGAUGCCGAAGAGAUUUGA